UUGAUAUCUGUAUCAUCUGUUCUUAUGACAACAGUUGACGGAAACUGGACCGAGUGGACGGACACUACCGGUGUGUGUUCUGUAUCCUGUGGAGGAGGCUCUAGAACCAUCAGCAGAACCAGGACCUGCACCAACCCAGCACCCAGCAACGGCGGACGGGACUGUGUAGGAUCACCUUCAGAUCGAUACACAGAGGUUUGCAACACCAAUGGCUGCGCAGAUCCAUGCAGUGGUUGCCGGUAUGUCAACGGUAUUGGGUACAUCCCUGACCCCAGCGACUGCUCCCGGUUCAUUCAGUGCCAAGAACCCAGACCCGGCAAUACUGCUAUUUUCUAUAGAAUGCAGUGUAGUCCUGGACUGUACUGGAACCAACAGCAUCUGGUGUGUGAUUGGCCAGCCAACGUCAUCUGCACAGUGGAAGCUGAAGAGGAAGCAUUUCUUCCAUCGACUGCAGCACCAUCAACAGCUGCUCCGCUGACAUCCCUUCCUUCGUCGUUGUGCGACGGCUCCAAGAAGGCAAAGCCAGGAAAUACAGCUCAGUAUCAGGAACUGAUACAUGGAAACUGGAUCACCAGAUUCUGUGCUCCAGGAACUGUGUACUCUACGACCAGUUGUAGCUGCAUCACCGGUCAGAAUGACGCGUCCCCAGUUUGCCAGGCGGAGGUUUACCUUCCUUUCAACAGUGACGUGAACGACCAUUCGACUAACCACCACUAUGUACAAAACACUGGCGUUGUAACUACCAACAGUGGCCAUGGCGUCUUCAGCAACAACACCCAACUCCGGAUCCUGCGGUUCUCCAACAUGCAUUUCGGGAAGACUCUGAUCAUCUCAUUUUCGUUCAAACGCACUCAGGCUACAAGCAGAGCUCAGGCUAUCGUCACCAACGAUGACUGCGGGCAUGGCGGCAGCAUCUACAUCACCACUCAGCGGUCAACCGUGCAGUUUCGUGUUGUCAAUAGCAACAACGUUACGCAUACUUUAAAUGUAUCGUACACAGCCACCACGUCCUUGAAUGAGGUGAAGCUGAUCGUCAAGGAUGGACUGAUGAAGGUUGAAGUCAACAACCGCAGAUUACAGAGGACAUUUGAUGGUAACAUCGGGAAAAGCCAGUGUGCACUGCAGGUCGGGUACGGUGAUGGCAUGGACUUCUUCCAUGGCGUCCUGGAAGAAUUCAAAGUAUACAUCUGCGAUCCAGAGAGCCUGUAGUUGAACAUAGUGUUUCAUCAAGACCCACCAUGAAGUCAAAUGCCGUUUUUAAUAUCAACUCGCAGUAUUAAACAGUAUGGCGCA